CCCCGCACAACGAGGAGAUGUGCCAGCCAUGUUGUCCUACCAUGACCACAACUGCGUCGGUAUAGGGUACGUCGUCGACCCUUUCCUCGGCCUCUUAGGUGGCACACUGGCGUGGACGUUGCUCCUGAGCAAAUCGCGCGCAAUUUCCAGAAACGUCGCCGCUCGCAUGAGCCGUGGUCCGGGUGUAAGAGCGAACCGCGAACGACUGAGGCUGUUUGUUGAGUCGACGACCAUGACCUUCUUACCGCCAGUGCUCUGUCAAAUUGUGAUGGUCGUUUCCUACUGGUAUAAGAACGUGACGGCGCAGCGAGCGGCCAACCAGGCAGCCAUCUACAACGUCCAUCUUAGCCUCGUCUUUUCUCUCUUGGCAAACACCUGGUCCACCCUUAGGCUACAGCAGGCUGGUGGCGCUCGGCGGCAGUCCUUGUUUCACCCUGCGACGAGGAAGCGAGUCGGCCCCGACGAGACGCUGCUCUCGACCAUUCUUCGAUCGGGAGGAAUCUUUGAUCCUCUGCCUCUGUAGCUAUCUCUCAUCACUCAAAGACACUGUUAUGUCAGAC